AUGGAUAAUACACCCAGGCGGUUACGGUCGGCUUGUAAUCAAUGCCACGCUUCCAAAGUAAAAUGCAGCGGCGAAAAGACUGGCUGUCAGCGAUGUGAGAGCUUGGGAUACAAAUGCCAUUUCGAGAUUUCCAUGGUUGGGAGGCACUCGCACAAGCGCAGACGGCGGAAGACGACGCCGACAGACUCAACAAGCCCGAGUGUCCGUGACGAGGUAGUCGUGAACCCGACACGCACGAAUGAAGCAUCGCUACGAGACGAGGACCCAGCGGAGGAGGACCCGCAGCUACUCACGGAAUUCACAGACAUGCUAAACACAUCAAACGAUCUGAAUAUGCUAUCACUGUUCAACUGGGACGCGCAGACGGUGGUGCCUCACUCGUCCGGAAUGUCGGCGGCAGAGAGCACCAUGGCCGCCGUGUCUACAAGCCGACCACGAGCAGACAGCGUCUUUGUGGACUCUCUAGCCCACAUGGAUGUGGCGACCACGGACGGAUCCUACAGCAUCAGCCCGCGAGCCUCUCUGGCCACCACGUCCAGCAUGGAGCCUGGUCGCGGCGAGUUCCCCGUGACGCCCUUUUCCACGACAGCGGUAGCUACCGUCACGUCUGGCAGCAUCGCUGCGCCGCAGCACCCUGCCAAAGACCACGAGACGUCAGACAGCAGAAUGUACACGCUCAACCUUCUCAACGCCAUCACCAGCCUCGAGGCGGAAAUGGACAACACCAGCUGCAGCGUGGACCGGUGCAUGGACAUAAUCAAGUCGGGCACCAAGGAGAUUCAGCGGGCAGUUCAGUCACGGCAGUGGCAGCGGUCGGUGACGGGCCCGGUGCUGGUGCAGGUGGCGACGGAGAUUGCCCUCAUUACCAUGGAGAAGCUGGCGGCGCAGUGGCGCGACGGGGACGGUGACGGGGACGGCGGCGGCGGCGGCAGCGGCGUUGGGGGUGGCGGGCACGAUGACGACCACGGGCGGGCGACGGGGAGCUUGCACCUCGGGCAAUACAGUACCGAGAGCGAUGAGGCCAGCUUCAUCUGGCGGCAGGUUGUCUUGUUUGAGGCCCGUCGGCUGCAGCAGCUGGUAAAGGUGGUCGGCGCCAAGCUGGACCGGUCGGGCCGGUGUCACAGCGGGCCUCGUCCGGAGGGCCGGCUGAAGCUGUUUUGCGCGGACCAAGACGAGAGGCUGAGCAACUUGAUCUCUACGCUAUUAAAAAACGACAUGAUGGCAGGCUGA